UUCCCAGAAUGACAAAUGAUUACUCACAUCCUCCUUUGGUAACUCAUGCAUGUUUACUACUAUAGUUACAGUUUACACCUGAUUUGAUACAUGUUAUUAGCAGCUAUUGGCAGUGAGGCAGUUGCUGUCUAGCUUUGUGUACACAAUCCAAAAGUAUAUAUAACGCUUGGAUGAUCGACUAUACCAGUAUCUUAUGCACUCCAGUGACCAGCAGCAACCAACAAGACAAGGAAAGCUCAUGGCUGAUCAUGAGCACAUUACUGAGUACAUACCAAAGAUUGUUGUUGUAGAGUUCAAUAUAAUCUUAGCACUCCUGACCCAGAUAUUCUUCCUCACUGAGGCCAACAGUGAGCUCAGUGGUGUCAUAGCCAUCACUCUUCUCUCUGGAUUUAGUUUCUUGUACAUACUCAUAAUAUUCUUCAUCAUAGCUCGGGAUUUCAGACGCAAGGAAAGGUUCCUACGCAAGCACAGCAAGAGUGAGUUCCUCACUAACCUCCUAGCUAACGGGCUCACAGCAGUCAGUGGAUUAAUGUAUCUAUUAGGGAACCACAUGUCCUUGAUAUUCCAGUAUUACGGGGAGUGGUACGGCUGUGUCGAAUCAUGCAUGAGCCUUGGGAUAAAUAUUUCAUCGACGUUCCUCAUAACGUCCAUACUAUUAUUUAGACUCAUACCAACUUUUGUCAAUAAAGCAAAAGUGCUAAGCGAUCACACGAUGGACAAGUCCAAUCAAAACUCCAAGAAGUUUGUUGAGUACAAGUGGUCACCGUGGAAGACCACGGCACAGUCAUUAGGAUACCUCUUAGAGCUGGAUGCAUGGUUCACGACAGUCUCUGACCUACCACUGGAAUCAGAGAGCUACUGCCCGCAAUACAUCAUAGACCUGGCUUGGGCCAUGUUUGUUAUUGGGAUGAUAGUUUGGGGAGCACUUCUGAUACUCAUUCUGGUCCCCGGCGUCAUCAGUUUCCACCAACGAAAAGAGAAGACCUCGAUUCAUUUUUUUAUCGUCUGUCUCAACGUCAUACUCCUCUGGAUCGUCUCCGGAACUUUCCUUCUCACUGACAACAUACAACCUCUUGGCUGCUCCUUUGGGUGUCACUUGGAGGGACUAAGAAAUCAAACCUCUUUAAACUUUGAGGGCCACAAUCAUCAUGAUCAUAUCAUAAAUUGUCAUUACGAUGCUCUUCAUUCAACAAGACUGGUCAUCCUGUUCCUGGCUCUUGUAUACUACACGUCAAUAUCAAUCGCACUAGUGAUUCAUUCCUGGCGGAAAUAUCACGUUUAUAAAAUACAAAUGCACGCAGCAAGAGACAAUGAUGAGAAUGGGAUCGAAAUCCUCGAUAUAAAAAAUGUAGAGAGCGAUAAAGUUUGAGGUUACUUUUUGAAAACAAUAAUAAUAAUAACAUUCUCAAUGCUUAUAAACUGCGAGUUUAUUAAUGAUAAUAAUGUGCACAUUUGUCUAAAUUGAUGUACCUAUUACUGAUUCAUUCAAGGUAUGGAUGGGUUCAGUUUCAAUUUCAAGAUGAUACAAUAACAAAUAA